AUGAGAGAUUUCGUAUUCUACGCGCUGUCAUUCUGCACGCUCGGCAUUUUUCGGUUGCUGCUGCAUUGGAAGGAGGAGUGGUACAUUUCGAUCCGAGCCGAGAAGUGUACACUUGAAGAAGCCACCAUCGUCUAUAUUAUUGACGAAAACCACACGAUCGUCUACCGGAGCGUGCAGAUAAUUCAGCAAAAAGCCGGCGGACGCCCGUUGAUAUUGCCAGAUGGAAAGGGGGACUAUAAAGAAGUGCCGCGAAUUCGUUUCUUCACGUUCCGCAAGAUGGUGUACGCUUGGUUCGAGGAGGCCGGCCAAUUUAUGCCACCCUCCAGUCUUGACAGUACGGCGCCUGUGAAGGUGUUCAUCGACAGGAUGGACGACAGCGCCGGGCUGACGACGGAGAAGGUCGACCAACGGCGCAUUACGUACGGCAAAAAUAUCAUCGAGGUGAAGCUGAAGCCGAUUGUGGUGCUCCUUUUCAAAGAAGCCAUCACGCCAUUCUACAUCUUUCAAGUCCUCAGUGUAAGCUUAUGGUAUUGGGAUGAGUACCUCUACUACGCGUCGGUGAUUGUCGUCAUUUCCGUCGGAUCGUUGGCGCUUGACGUUUAUCAGACGCGUGCCCAGGAGAAAAAGCUGCGCUCGAUGGUCCAUUCAACGGGCGAGCAU